AUGGCUGGUCCAGGUGGCGGUCCUCCUCGCCGGAGCCACACCAAGUCUCGCAAGGGUUGCGAAACCUGCAAGAAACGCCAUAUCCGCUGUGACGAGAGCUUUCCUCAGUGCCGCAACUGCACAAAGCACAAGAUCCGCUGCCCGUACAACGAUGUCCCGGCGUCCGACCCCAACAGGUCCACGACGCCCGACAAGCCCGAUCUCAUGUGGACUCCCGAGAUCGAGGCUAGCCUCCUACAGUGGCAGCAGACCAACGUGUUUCCCUUCCCCAGCAUGGGCAUCUACCCAGUGCCCGUGGCCAGCAACUACUCCUUGGAAGACCUGAGAUUGAUCUAUCACAUUGCUUCCGUCUACGAUGAACUCUCUGUCAUGGAUGCUAAUAAUUUCACCCUCUGGACUCGCCACAUCCCCAUUAUCCUGAGAAUUGGAGCCACAACCCCGUACGUCAUGCACGCACUGCUCGCCUUCUCGGCCAUGCACAUUGCUUUCCUCACCGACUGCCCCCUGGUUGGUGGAAUGGGCUUUGAGCACCGAGGCCUGGCGCUGAGCGGUCUCCAGGAGGCCAUAGGUGUUUUCUCGCGCGAGAACUCGGAUGCUAUUCUGGCUGCAUCCCUGGUCCUCUCCUGGCAGGCCACGGACUGGUCCGGCUGGAACCAGCUCAUGCAGGGCACCUCGACUAUCAUGUCUGCCAUGGAGGGCUGGAAGCACGAGUCGCAAUUCGUCGAUUUCAUCGCCGAGAGCAGGACGUUUCCUACCGCGUCCCCUUCCCCGAGCUCUGACCACCGCCGCGCGCAGCCACGCAAGGAGGACCUCGACGCCUACCAGAGCACCCUUGAACAGGUCCAGAAGGUCGAAGCCCACCUCAAGAGCCAGAAGGAUGCCUUCAAGGUCGACACCACACAGAUCCAGAACCUGGUCAGCUUCCUUAAGGGAUCUCGCAAGAUCAGCCACACGCUUCCCAUCGCCCAGCAGUUUGAGCGCCUGAGGUCUCUCCGCGACUGGCUCUUUUGGAUGCCCGUUGCCUACCUGCAGAACUAUCGAUGCUCCCCCAACUCCCUCGUCGCCAUUGCCCACCUGUACACCGUGGCCAUCUUGAUGGAGCGUCUUUUCCCGGAAAUCGGAUCCGCCUACUUUGGUAGCCUGUCCCUGGUCCCGGUCGAGGAGAUUGCCCGGCGCCUCAUGUCUUACAGCGUCACCGACAACUUCGACUCCAGUGCUACUGUGCCUCUGCGAUUGAUGGACUUUCCCAUUGACUCGGUUGGCGACUUCCGCUCUCGCAUGGGCUGGGUCCAGCCAGAGCGCACUCAGUCGUUCCCCACGUUCCAGACACCCAGCCUCCGGACUUUCGACAGUCGCUCCGAGUACGACAGCAGCUCUGAUUCGUAUGGCCUGUAUGGAAACCCCGCCUUCAGCUACAGCCACGAGUCGAUGCCUGUGCUCAAUGCCGCUGUGAGCCACACCCACAGUCCCGUCGGCAGCGUGGUCAUGCCUUCGCCCUACCAGUCGCAGCCGCAGUAUCUCAACAUGCCGUCUCCCAUGUACGCCGCCGGACCCUACAGCCCGACGCCAUCCCACCUGGACGGCUCCGUCACGUACAGCGACACCGACGAGUACAGGACCUGGGACAUGGGCACCGCCAUGCAGGCUCAACCGUCUUCAAUUUAUCACGAUGCGCGUCACAGCUUCGGUGCCGGGUUCGUCUCUCCUACCACCACCCAACCCGUGUGGAUCUGA